AUGCAAGCAGAUACUUCUCCUCACCGAUUCUGUCGAGCACUCGCCGCCAUGAACAACGUAUCCCUUACCGGUGGACCCGAAAGUCUCAAUGGCAAAAGUCUCGCCUUCCUCCAUCUUGGUGGUGUCACCGUUCUUCACAAUUGGCACGGAUUUUCCACCGUGGAUCUGGAACGGCUUGAUGUUGUGGCCCUGCAGAUUCCGUAUACACUUGACUGGGUACACCUUGCCGUCGAGCUCGACCUCAUAACUCUCCAUCACUUCCUCCACAGCCUCACCGACGUCUGUCAUUCUGACAUCGAUACCAGCAGUCUUGACACCGGUGUUUGUGGCCUCUUUCACUGCCUUCAGCAAAGGAUCGUAUCUUUCGUUGAAGGUGUGGGUCCAAGCACAGUCUAUAAUGUGUCCGUUAACAUGGACACCAAAAUCGACCUUCAUAACGUCAUCGUAUUGAUGCUAGGAAUCAUAAGACCACGACUCGUGACAGGAAGCCUGCGCGCAGUCAGAUACAACUCGACAGGAUCGAAGCCUGAUCCGAUCAGUAUUUUGAGCGGUAUCCACAAGGCUCAAAGAACCGGACAACAAGGUUCGUCGUCGUUCCUUGGCGAGAGCUCGCUCUCCAUGAGCGGGUCGUUCAAGGAACCAGACGCAUUGGAAUUUGCCACCAAGCUGCCCAUGGAAAGCAUGAUUGCCGGAAGAUCUGUUGUGGUCAAGGCCGGAGACCUGAGCAGAAGCUUCAAAAAGUUCAACGGUAUGGUUCAAAACAACAAGAUCAAGAGAAUGUUUCUUGAUCAAAGAUUCUACCUUAAGCCGAGCAAGCGGAAAUUGCACCAAAAGAUCAAAACCAAGAAGAUUCGCUUUGAUACAGGUGUCAGAAAACUACUCGGUGUGGUGCGUAACGCAGUGAGAAAGGGAUACUAG